AUGAACGUUGCGGUCGAAUACCCAAUGAACUCUCCGACUAGACCACGCCCGCAGCAACAUUCACCGCGGGGUUUCAACGACGAAGCAGGGAUGCAGCAGCAGGGCCGCGGCAAGCCUGGUGGCUACCGCCGUGACAACCACGUGGAACAGCCAAUCUAUUCUGAAUUUUAUGACUAUUCCGAAGUUGAAGGCCCUCCACGUUCUGCUGGCGGUCCCCCCAAUGGUGGAAUGGCAAUGCCACAACAAGGGCAAAUGCCGCCCCAACAGCGUAUGAUGCCGCAGGGACAGUCGAACCACGGUCAUGAGCCGAGUCGGCCCCCAGUGGCAAAUGCACUUCCCAUGCGCGGCGGUGGAGGCCCCAAUGGAGGCGGCGGAGGAGGUGGUGGUGGAUCGUUUGCCGGCCGGUCACGACCUCCCUCGUACUCUGGGAGCCGGUCCGAGGAACUCCUCGUCAUGAACCCCGAAGCAGCCAAACACCGCCAAAACCGGCGCCAGCAAGGGCGCACCCCUUCCACAGGCAAGGGACCAAACACUCAGCAGCCCAAAUCCGGGUCCCCGCCUCGGACACCGGGUCAUUCGCCACCGCACAAGUCUAUUCCCGACCCAAAGCAAGGACGACCCGUCUCACCUGAGUCCUUGUCCGCCUCAGCAGCUACCAUCCCGCGCGUCAAAAGCCCCAGCGUCAUGACAAGCGUGCUGCAGCCGCUGGAACUCAAGGUGCACGAAUACGAGGGUCUCAUGCACGUGGCCCAGGAUGACAUGGCGCGAUUGGACGAGGAACUUCACGCCUUGCAGCAGAAGCGUGCCGAGGCCGAGGGCCGCUUCCUCGAGGCUAAGGCCAAACACGACGAUUAUCAGCGCCAAUACCAAGACGUCGAGAUGGCGUUGCGGGGUGAAAUUCCCCGGGAGACGCCGCCUCAGCAGCAGCCUCCGCCUAGACGGGAGAGGCCUAUCAGCUAUGAUGAGCCGUCGCCGGAGGAGCGGCCCAUGAGCCAUCAGAGUUCGUUUGGGAUGCAGAAGACGAGGACGCGGGAUCGGUUUCGGAUGAGUCUCUUUGGAAAUUGA